UUCCUCCUCCUUUCUGCGCCACCGUCCAGCCAUGGCUUAAAUAAUUCUCCCUCGCCUCAGCGUCAUCCGUUUCCGAAGAAAAAUUUUCCAAAAAAAUUAGGAAAAAAUGGACGUUUUCAACCAAACAAUGAGGGAUAUGUUCAGGUCACAGACGGUAUUGGAAACGUUCGUCGACGUUUUACUCUGCCUCGUUCCGAUUUGGCUCGCGGUAAUGAUCGGACUCUUUAUCGGCUGGUCGUGGAGGCCUAGGUGGACCGGACUGCUAUUUCUCGGACUCCGGUCUAAGUUCCGGUUCGCUUGGACCGUUCCUGCGGGUUUUGGCGCUCGCCAGCUUUGGUUCGCCUUCACCGCCUUCUCCGUGUUCUCGCUUACUCGUAAACUCUUGUCUAAGCUCCAUGGCAGGAUUAGGAAGGACUUCUCUUUGGCUUCGGCUCAGGUAGAGCAGCCGGCUGUGGAUUCUCCAUCGCUUUCGGCUCAGACUGUUGAGGCUAGAUCUAGCAGUGAUGAUAUCAGGCCAACCACUGGAACACUUGAGACAGACAAGAAUGUUGUCACGGAGAAUGAUUUGGCACACUUGCUACAUCUUCUUGAUGGAAAAGAUGGAGAGAUGGCUUGGCAGAGUAUGAUGGAGCGCUCCACUCCAAACUUAGCAUACCGAGCUUGGCGCUACGAGGCUGAGACUGGCCCUGUAGUGUUUAGAAGCAAAACUGUCUUUGAAGAUGCAACUCCUGAUUUAGUCAGAGAUUUCUUCUGGGAUGAUGAGUUCCGUCUUAAAUGGGAUCCCAUGAUUUUGUCUGUCGAAAUCUUGGAGGAGUGCCCCCUUAAUGGGACCAUGAUAGUACGCUGGACUAAAAAGUUUCCCUUUUUUUGCAGUGACAGAGAAUAUAUUAUUGGAAGAAGGAUAUGGGAAGCUGGGGGAACAUACUAUUGUGUAACCAAGGGAGUACCGCAUCCGGCUGUGCCUAGAAGAGACAGACCUAGGCGUGUUGAUUUAUACUUUUCCAGCUGGAUUAUUAAGCCUGUGCAAUCACUUAAAGGGGAUGGCCAGUUGUCUGCAUGUGAGGUGAUGCUAGUCCACUAUGAAGAUAUGGGGAUCCCCAGGGACGUGGCUAAACUUGGUGUACGUCAUGGGAUGUGGGGAACUGUUAAGAAAUUGCAUGCUGGCUUAAGAGCAUACCAGAUCGCGAGGAGGUCAGAAGAAUCACCAUCCAGGUGUGCUCUGAUGGCAAGGAUCACCACAAGAAUUUCUUCUGAUGAGGGCGCUUACGCCUUAUUAGAGCCAAAUCGCAAGGAAGAAGAAAAAGCUAACAGAAGGGACAUCCAGUGCCACAAGAAUGACGGUGGAAUUGAUUGGAGAUGGGUAGCUAUCGGUGGAGCUGCAGUGGCUGUUGGACUUCACACAGGCUUUAUUGGAAAGGUUCUGUUAGUUGCAGCAGGGCAAAGAGCUGGCAAGAGGAGAGGAAAUUAGUUGCAGCAGGCCAAAGAGCUGGCAGGAGGAGAGGAGAGGAAAUUAGUUGUAUUCCCGGAAACCGUAGGACCUUUUCCUUGAUACUCAAACGUUGUCUGGUUGCAGCUGCCUACUUUUUCGUUUUUUGGGAAGAGUUAUUUGCAGCUGUUUUGUUCUUGAAAGAUGUUACUGUGAAUCUUGACAUACGUAUAUCUCAUCGUUGAAAUGCGUGUAUAGUGGCGAACAAUAUGUUCUAUAGAAAAGUUUAGCCCUCUUCGUCGGAUUAGGGGCCGGUGCC